GUAUCAAGAGUACUUCUACUAUUUCGGGAACAUCUCAUACUGUGCAUCCGACCUCCACGCUGGGAGUAGGCAACGUUUGUUUGUCAAUAAAGUUCUUGUUUGUCAGUGAUGCCUGGUCUAUACCCGGCUUUUGUAAGGAACGAGCAAGAUACUUGUCGUGUUACUCAAGUCAUCCCGACCAUUCCAGAUGGCGGGAAUCAUACUACAGGGUUCCGGGAAGCUGCAUGUUCCGUAGCAUCCCACGACACCUGGUUGGAGGUUCCAAAGGUACUUGCGGCUGUAGGCAUGCCAGUGCUGACUAAUGGAACGGUUUCUCCAGAAAGUAGGUAUCAUUCGUCCUUCAAGGAACUUUGUUUUUGGCUGCGUUUUACAGGUUAAGAAAUAUUUGAGGGAGAUCAGAAACCGUAAUUACUAUAGCUAUAGCUAUGUAGUGAACCAGAGUUUAAUUUUGGAAUACCAUGCC